AUGAGGUGGAUUCUUUCUUUUCUGUUACUGGGCUUGCUCAGUGCCGUCUCAGCUUUGAGCUCUGGUGGAAACAAAUUAUUGGUCGUAUUGGAGGAAUUGUCCGAGAAAUCGAAAUACUCAAAGUACUUUGGGGACCUUGAAGCACGAGGAUACGAAUUAACCUUCGAGUCGCCUAAAAACGAGAAAUUGGGACUUUUUAAAUUGGGGGAGCGAUCCUUUGAUCAUCUACUCGUCUUACCAUCCAAGUCAAAAGGUCUGGGACCAGCUUUGACACCCAAAUUACUUCUCGAAUUCAUCAAUAAGGGCGGAAAUAUCUUAUUGACACUCUCAUCGGCUCACCCUACCCCCGCUGCCCUUGUAUCAUUACUCUUGGAGCUCGAUAUUCACCUUCCAACGGACCGCAAUUCUCUUGUUGUUGAUCACUUCAACUAUGAUAGUUUGAGUGCUGCAGAAAAUCAUGACGUUGUUCUUCUGCCACGACCAGAUGCUGUCAGACCAGAUGUCAUAAACUACUUCCGUGGAGAUGGCAAAGGCGGGGAAGUCAUUGCUUUCCCAAGAGGUGUUGGGCAGACUUUGGGAAAUACCAGUCCAUUAUUGACACCUCUUCUCCGAGCUCCAAGAACCGCAUACUCAUAUAACCCGAAAGAGGAUGUCGAGGGUGUGGAAGACCCAUUUGAGGUUGGACAACAGUUGUCACUCAUCACCACCAUGCAAGCUAGAAACUCUGCAAGAUUUACAGUCAUUGGAUCAUCCGAGGUCUUGGAGGAUACAUGGUUUGACGCUAAGGUCAAGCGUAGCGUUGGAAUGGGAGGUGUUGGAUCUGAUGCCAAGGAGGUUAAGACUGCCAACCAAGAAUUCUCUAAAGAGGUCACCGGGUGGACUUUCAAGGAAAUUGGAGUUCUCAAGGUUGGAAACAUCAAGCAUUAUGAUGUCAAGAGCGAUGACACAAACCCAAAGAUCUACAGAAUCAAGAACGAUGUGACAUACGAAAUCGAGCUUUCAGAGUACUCAUGGGACAAAUGGGUUCCAUUUACCCCACCAAGCGGGGACACUCUCCAGCUCGAAUUCUCCAUGCUUUCACCAUUCCAUCGUCUUGUUCUCGAACCAUCUACUACCACCUCCGACUCUCAAAUAUAUACCACAAGCUUCAAGCUCCCAGAUCAACAUGGUAUCUUCAACUUUAAGGUCAAUUAUAAGCGACCAUUCUUCACCAGCAUUGAGGAAAAGAACACAGUCACAGUAAGGCAUUUUGCCCACGACGAAUAUACUAGGAGUUGGGCUAUCAGCAAUGCCUGGCCAUGGAUUGCCGGAAUCGGCGCCACAGUUACAGGAUGGGUUGCGUUCGUUGCUCUUUGGUUAUGGAGUAAGCCUGUACCAUUGAAGUUGACGACGAGUGGAAAGAAAGUUCAGUGA